AUGGUAAACUCAACAGCGCCGGGUGCCUCGGCACAGCAGUCAUAUACUGUAGAAAUCCGCAAACACAAGGAGGCUGGCAGUAGUGCCAAUGGAUCUGGUACCGGUACCGAGGAAGGUUCUUCUUCCUCCGCCGCCGCCGGCACACAGGAACCCAAGAAGUGGAACCUGAGGCGGAACCGGCCCAUGCUGGACUUCACCACCAUGGAGGAGCUGAACGAGAUGGACGACUACGACAGCGAGGAGGACAACGACUGGCGGCCCGCUGCAGGCAAGAAGAGGAGCAAAGGAGGGAGUAAAGAGAAGGGAGGAGGAGGUGGAGGAGGAGGAGGAGGAGGAGUGAUGGCCGGGAGUGAGGAUGACGACGAAGGAGACGAGGAAGAGGAGGACGGGAGCGACGAUGGGGAUGACGACGACGAUAACGAUGAUGAUGACAAUGAGGAGGAUGAUGACGAUGAGGAUGAUGAUGACGAUGAUGAUGAGGAUGGAGGGAAUAAGAGCAGCAGUGACAGCGAGAAGGAGGAGAAGAAGAGCAGGAAGAAGAAGAAGAGCAAGAGUAGCUCUGCGUUUGACGAGGAGCUCACCAACGACAGCAUGAGCAUCAAGGGCAACGAGCUGGAGCGAGCCCAGGCGUGGACUGCCCAGCGCAUCGAGCACAACAUCCUGAUCUGCUGCGUGUGUCUCGGUGACAACAGCGAAGACACCGAUGAGAUCAUACAGUGUGACAACUGCGGCGUGACCGUGCACGAGGGUUGCUAUGGCGUGGACGGGGAGAGCGACUCCAUCAUGAGUUCCGCGUCAGAGAACUCGACGGAACCCUGGUUCUGCGACGCCUGCAAGAACGGCGUGAUGCCCAGCUGCGAACUCUGCCCCAAUCAGGACGGCAUCUUCAAGGAGACGGACGCCGGGAGGUGGGUGCAUGUGGUGUGUGCUCUGUAUGUGCCUGGCGUGGCCUUUGGGGACAUCGACAAGCUUCGACCCGUCACUCUCACAGAGAUGAAUUACAGCAAGUACGGAGCCAAGGAGUGUAGUUUCUGUGAGGAUACACGUUUUGCGCGGACUGGCGUGUGUAUCAGCUGUGACGCGGGCAUGUGCCGUUCCUACUUCCACGUCACCUGUGCCCAGAGGGAGGGACUGCUGUCCGAAGCUGCGGCGGAGGAGGAGAUAGCGGACCCCUUCUUUGCCUACUGCAAGCAGCAUGCGGAUCGCUUUGACCGGAAGUGGAAGAGGAAGAACUACCUGGCCCUGCAGUCCUACUGCAAAGUGUCGCUACACGAACGAGAGAAGCAGCUCACGCCCGAGGCACAGGUGCGCAUCACCGCUCGUCUGGAGCAGUACCGCGUGCGUGCGGAGCUGGCCCGCAACACUCGCCCCCAGGCCUGGGUGCCCCGCGAGAAGCUCCCCAGACCCCUCACCUCCAGCGCCUCCGCCAUACGCAAACUCAUGCGCAAGGCGGAGUUGAUGGGCAUCAGUACAGACAUCUUCCCCGUGGACAACGCAGAUGCCAACGCCAGCGCAGAGGGCAGACGCAAGCACAAGCAGCCCGCUCUCACUGCAGACUUUGUCAACUACUACCUAGAGCGUAACAUGCGUAUGAUCCAGAUCCAGGACAACAUUGCCCAGCAGAAGGGCCUGAAAGACACGCUGGAGAACGAACAGGCCAAGCUGCACCUGGAAUACAAGAAGCUGUGUGAGUCUCUGGAGGAUCUUCAGAAUGUGAACGGCCUCCUGCGGACUGAAGGACUGGCCAUGUGGAACGCACUGGGGGGCAUCCUGGGACAGAAGUUGAGCUGUCCCACCGUUCUGAAGGCUCCUAAGGAGAGAAAGCCCAGCAAGAAGGAGGGAGGCUCCCCCGGCAAGGCAUCCAGCCUACCAGCUGUACUCUACAGCUGCGGUAUCUGCAAGAAGAACCAGGACCAGCAUCUGCUGCUGCUGUGUGACACCUGCAAGCUUCACUACCACCUGGGCUGCCUGGACCCACCCCUCACACGCAUGCCCAAGAAGACCAAGAACAGCUACUGGCAAUGUUCGGAGUGUGACCAGGCCAGCAGCGACGAGGCCGACAUCGCCAUGGAAACGCUCCCCGACGGCACCAAGCGCUCCCGACGACAGGUGAAAGGACCAAUCAAAUUUAUCCCUCAGGAGAUGUCCCCCGAGCCCAAGAAACACCAGAGGACUCGAGGUCAGAAGAGGAAACGGGUGUCAAUAUGUGAGGAGGACGACAUCAAGCUGAUUGAGGACCUACCACCUGCGCGUGAGCGACGCCAGAGACAGUCGGCCCUGCAGAGGAAGCCCAAACCCGACGAUACCAGAACCGAAUGUGUGUCUUGCAGCGGACCUGGAGACAACGAGAACCUCAUCAGGUGUGAUGAGUGUCGCCUCUGCUACCACCUGGGCUGUCUGGACCCCCCACUGAAGAAGUCCCCCAAGCAGACCGGCUACGGGUGGAUAUGCACUGCCUGUGACACCUCCUCAUCCAAGGAGGAAGAGGAGGGGCUUCUGCAGGAUCCACAGGAAGAGGAAGAGGAGGGGCUUCCACGGGAUCCACAGGAAGAGGAGGGGCAUCCACCGGAAGGGGGAUGGGAAGAGCCUGUGAAAGAGGAAGCAAUGGAGCAGGAGAUUCCAAACUAAUUCAACAACUGACCAAAAGUAUAAACACACUCACUCUUGUAACCUUUAUGUGUGGACAGACAAACAAAACACGCACAUAUCCUUACCAAUUCUAUAAAUGCUAUAGCGCCUGUGAGCAGCAAGAAUCCUUGGAAUGUGUGUGCGUGUGUGUCAGAGAGAGAGAGAGAGAUGUGAGGGGAUGUGUGUUUUUAUAGAGCAGAGUUGACCCCACAAAAUGUGUUUAUAUAGAGACCAUGUCUUUACAGUGUUUCAUUUUUGUAAAGCAGAUGACCCAACUACCCCCACAUACAUAUGUAUUUUUGUACAUAAAAAUGUUUUUGCUACACUACAUUAAUUGUAUAUCUUUCUGAUUCCUCUCAUAUUCAUUUUUUCAACAACUUUCUAAA